UCUUCUUCUUCUGUCCUUCCUGUCGCCAGGUGUGACGUGUGCUAUUUUCGCAUCGUCUCGGCUUUUCUUUUUCCCCGUCGUGAUGGCGACUCACCUGUUGGCCGUUCUGCUGUGCUGCGCCGCGGCUCUUCCGGGCCUCCCGGCGCCGCCUUCGCCGGAGGUCACGUGCGGCGAGGACGGCGCCGAGGCGGCGGCCGGCCUCGCCGUCCGACACGUCAACGAGCAUCACCGGCACGGAUUCAAGUUCCGCCUGCACGAGAUCCAGAGCAGCAAUUAUCAACAGUUCCCGGGAGGUUGCCACAUCGACGUGAACGUGAAGCUGGCGCAGACCAAAUGUCACAUCACCGACCCCAAACCGCUCGACCGAUGCCAGCUGUGGCGACGGAACGAACGGGGUGCCGUGGCCACCUGCAGUGUCGAGUUUUGGGUCAUGUGGGGCGUGGCCAAAAUCACCAGACACGAAUGCACCACCAGACCAGAACACACCAACGAGGAGCUGAUGACGAUUUGUCCUUCCUGCCCCAAGUUGUUGGCUCUCAACGACCCGACGGGCGUGAGCGCGGUAGACGCGGCGGUGACCGCGUUCAACCGAGACGGCCAACGCCAGAAUUACUUCACCCUGAUGGAAGUGGCUCAGCUGACCGAAGAGUACGUCGCGAGCGUGGGCACGAUCAUUUGGCUCAAGUUCGCCCUGGUGGAGACCACGUGCCCCAGAGAGGCCACUAGCAGUUUGGCGGCCUGCACGCCUCGCUGCCCGGACCGAGCUAAUCACGUCUUUUGCCAAACUGCCUAUUACAACGUCCACAGACAAGUGGGAGAACUUUCCUGUGAAACGUAUCCACCCAAAAAUUCCGCCGCCCUCCCGGCCGGCGAGCCGGAGCCCGUGUGCCGGCCGCUGUUCCACAAAAGCGCGGAAGCUUGCGUUUGCCAGGCACGGCUGAAAAAGCCCGACGCGGCCGUCCACCACAUUUGUCCCUUCCCGCUCAAGUGAUGUCGGCGUAUUUGUCGAGUCUGCAAUAAAAACCAUUGAAAGUUC